CUGGGAAACCUUACAGGAGUUUCAGAAUUUCUUCUCCUGGGAUUUUCAGAGGAACAAGAGUUGCAGCCCAUGAUAUUUAUGCUUUUCUUCUCUAUGUAUCUGAGCACGGUGUUUGGGAACCUGUUCAUCAUUCUGGCCGCCAUUUCUGAUUCCCAUCUCCACACACCCAUGUACUUCUUCCUCUCCAACCUGUCUUUUGUGGACAUCUGUUUCACUUCUACCAUCAUACCGAAGAUGCUACAGAACAUCCAGACUCAGAGAAAAGUUAUAACCUUUGAAGGCUGCAUGAUUCAGAUGUAUAUUUCUAUACUCUCCUUAGGGCUGGAUGACUUCCUCCUGACUGUGAUGGCCUAUGACCGCUUUGUGGCCAUCUGCCAUCCCCUGCACUACAGGGUCAUCAUGAGCCCACAGCACUGUGGACUGCUGGUUCUGGUUUCCUGGAUUAUCAGUGUUGCAUAUUCCUUUUUACAAACCUUAAUGGUGUUACAUCUUUCCUUCUACACAAACCUACAAAUCCCCCAUUAUUUCUGUGAACUUAAUCAGUUGGUCCAACUUGCCUGUUCUGAUACCUUUCUUAAUGACACAGUGAUGUAUUUUGUAGCUCCACUACUUGGUGGUGGUCCUCUGGUUGGUAUCUUAUAUUCAUACUCUAAGAUAGUUUCCUCUAUACUUAGAAUCUCAUCAGGGCAGGGGAAGUAUAAAGCAUUUGCUACCUGUGCAUCUCACCUCUCAGUUGUCUCCUUAUUUUAUUGCACAAUGCUUGGAGUGUACCUCAGCUCUGCUGCUAACCACAGCUCACAGUCAAGUGCAAUAGCCUCAGUGAUGUACACUGUGGUCACACCCAUGCUGAACCCCUUUAUCUACAGUCUGCGGAACAAGGACAUAAAGAGGGCUCUAAAAAGAUUUGUUGAGAUGGCACUUAUAAAGGGGGCAAAUAUCCUGGUGCAAGACAAGGGCACAAGAUGGCAGGGUUCAUAA